AUGGCUCAUGGGAUGGGACCGGAAGAGCUCGUUGACACGCUCAGAGUUGUUUCCGGUUCUUUGGAAUCAAGUUCACUUGUUGUUGGAGCUUUAGUUUCUGGCUCCAUCAGCCUUGUUCUUAACAGGCUCAUUUCACCUGAGUUUGUCAACUCGGUGGUGAGCAAGAAGCUGAACCGCAAGUUGGUUGAGAGGCUCAAGACUGCUCUCUUGGCUGCCAAAGCUCUGGCUGCUGACGCCGAGCAGAAGCAGUUUGGAAACGAUCAUGUGAGGAAAUGGCUUGAUAGUCUCAGGGAUGCUCUCUACACUGCUGAUGACUUGCUGGACCGUGUCUUCAUCAAAGCUCGAAUUUGCAAGAAGGUACGCAUUCGCCUUCCUCUCCGCCUUAAUUUAUCUGUUAGGAAGAUGGUGGCUAAGAUAAACGAGGUGGUUAAAAGAAUAGAAGAUCUUCAGAAACUUAAAGAUAGCCUUGGUCUCAAAGAGAUUCCAACGGGUAGCUCCUCAUGGAGAACUCCAUCCACUUCUCUUGAAAGGGGGACUGUCUAUGGCAGGGAUGAUGACAAACAGGCAUUAAUCAAGAUGCUAAAUGACAACAAUGAUCAUAACUUGUCCGUCAUCUCCAUUGUUGGUAUGGGUGGGGUUGGUAAAACUACUUUAGCACAAUGCCUGUACAACAAUAAGGAUUUGAUGGACGGGGUUGAUCUGAAAGCAUGGAUUUGUGUUUCUGAAAAUUUUGAUGUUGUUGAGACUACUAAGAAUGUUAUAAAGGGGAUCUCUUCAGGUGUUUGUAGUCUUGACAACUUUGAUCUACUUCAGCAAGAUUUGAAGAAAAAACUGUCAGAAAAGAAGUUCUUCAUAGUUUUGGAUGAUGUUUGGAGUGAAGAUGCUGACAAGUGGAAUAGUUUUAUCACCCCUUUUCAACAUGGGACAAAGGGAAGUACUAUUCUCCUAACUACCCGCAAGGUAAAUGUUGGUCGAAUAGUCCAACACUAUCACUCUUACACUCUCAAGGAACUGUCAGACGAUUAUUGUUGGUCUAUUUUUGCUGACAAUGCAUCCUUUCCUGAGUCAAAUGGGAGCUCAGAACUGGAAGAAAUAGGUAGAAAGAUUGUCGAGAGGUGUGAUGGUUUGCCAUUAGCUGCAGAAACACUUGGACGCUUGUUGCACUCAGAGCAUCGUGUUGAAGAAUGGAAUAGAAUACUAUCGAAUGACAUUUGGGAAUUUCCUAUGUCAAACAGUAAAAUUGUUCCUGCAUUGUUAAUAAGUUACUAUCAUCUUCCUGCACAUUUAAAACGCUGCUUUGUUUAUUGUUCGUUGUAUCCUAAAGAUUAUCAAUUUGAUAAAGAUGAAUUAAUCUUGCUAUGGAUGGCUGAAGAUCUUUUGCGACCUCCAAAGAGGGGAGAGACUUUAGAAGAAGUUGGUUGCGAGUGUUUUGAUGACUUGUCUUCAAGACUAUUUUUCAAGCAGGCUGAGCACUAUGCUAGGAAGUAUUUUGUGAUGCAUGAUCUCAUGCAUGACCUGGCAACUUUUCUUGCUGGAGAUCUUUAUUGUAGAUUCUCAAAAGAACUUGGUGAAAAGGAAGAGAGGAAUAUUCUAACUCGUCAUUUGUCAUACACUCAUUCAAUCCCUGAGAAAGCAUGCUCCUCUAGUGAAAUAAAAUCUUUGAGGACAUUAUUAUAUAUCAAUGAUAUACCUUAUAUCCGGGAUGAGCGCGCAACAUUACCAUAUGACAUAUUGUCAAAGAACAAAUACUUGAGAGUUUUGUCCUUUGAUAGACUCAAUAUAUUUCCUGAUUCAAUAGGUAAAUUGAUCCAACUGCGCUAUUUGGGUCUCUCUAGAAGUGAUGUUCAGAUAUUGCCCGAGUCACUGUGCAAUUUGUGUAAUUUACAAAUAUUAAAGCUAGCAGAUUGUUCAAAGCUGACUAUGCUGCCCAAUGGCAUGUGUAAUCUUGUGAAUUUGCAGUGUCUUGAUAUAAGGGGUACUCCUCUGAAAGAAAUGCCAAAAGGAAUGGGCAAAUUGAAACAGUUGCACAUUUUAAGCAAGUUUGUGGUGGGAAAGCAAGAAGACAAUGGAAUUCAAGAGUUAGGAGGGCUUUUAAAUCUUCAUGGAUCACUUGAGAUUGAGAAAUUGGAGAAUGUGGUUGAUGCCAAUGAGGCAAGGAGUGCAAGGAUAAUAGAAAAGAAGCACAUUGACAAGUUAUUGUUGAAAUGGUCUCUGUCUUCAGGUGAUGAUAUGGUUUCAAACACACAUACUGAUGAACAAGAUAUACUUUGGGGCUUGCAACCACACACUGGCUUGAAACAGUUGACUGUUGAUGGAUACAAAGGUAAAAUAUUUCCAGAUUGGAUUGGGCAUUCCUUCUACCAAAACAUGACAAGUGUAUCUCUCAAGUCUUGCAAGAAUUGCUACAUGCUGCCUUCACUUGGACAGCUGCCAUCUCUUAAGUCCCUCCGUAUUGAAAGGUUUGAUCAGAUGAAGAGCAUUGGCAAGGAGUUUUACAAGAAUGAAGGCCAUCAACAUUCUUCACCUAUUGCACCGUUUUCCUCACUGGAGGAAUUGAUAUUUUAUAAUAUGCCAAGUUGGGAGGAGUGGCACUUACCUGACUCAGAAGCCUUUCCUCAGCUUAAGAGCCUUGAAAUAAGAGAUUGUCCAAUGUUAAAGGGAGAUAUGCUUAAUCAGGUAUUAAUGAGAAUCGUUUUUUCCUCAUCGGAUGUUUCCAAAGUGAGCCAACUGGAAAUACAAGAAGAUGGUGAAAGAUGGUAUAAAAAGAUGAGCCUUGAUGAGGAUAGUUUAUCAAUUAGGGGAUUUGAAUGUGUGGUGGAGUGUGCAUUUAUGGCAAGGAUCAUCCACCAUCUAACUUCCCUCCAAGAAAUAGAAAUCUCAGGGUGUUCAUCUGUUGUAUCCUUGGGGGGCAAUUGUUUACCCAAAUCUUUGCAAAAGCUCAAAAUCUUUAAUUGCCGCCAAAUUGAAUUACUCCAGCAACAACACAAGUAUGAUUUGGUAAACCUACAAAUAUAUGAAAGCUGUGCUUCACUGACUUCAUUGUCAUUGGAUGCCUUUCCCAAUCUCGAGAAUCUGGAGAUAGAAUGGUGUUCAAAUCUGGAAUCAGUGUCAAUGUCAGAGCCACCACACACUGCUCUUCAACGUCUCACAAUCAGUCAAUGCUCCAAAUUUGUGUCAUUGCCAUCUGACAUGAAUAGUCUUCUCCCAAACUUACACUCUCUGGACAUACAAGGUUGCCCAAACAUUUGUAGGUGGCCAGAGGGUGGUUUGCCGGCUAACCUGAAAGAGCUUAGUGUAGGAGAUUGCGAGGAACAAGUGAGGGGUCUAUCAUGGUUGGGCAACUUGGACAACCUCACUCAUCUUACCAUCUCAGAUCAUCACAGUGUGAGCAGAAUAAAGUCAUACCCAGAGGUGGGUUGGCUGCCUCGCCUUCCCUCCCUUACCACUCUACAUAUCCAAGCGUUUGAUAAUCUGGAGACAUUGGAAUGCAAUGAGCUUCUCCGCCUCACCUCCCUUCAACAAUUGCAUAUUUCAUGGUGUAAGAAGCUGGAGAAUAUUGCAGGAGAAAAGCUGCCUCCCUCUCUCUUACUACUUCAAAUUGAUGCCUGUCAUUUGCUGCGCAAACGCUGCAAGAACAAGCAUCAACAAAUUUGGUCCAAAAUUUCCCACAUUCCCACCAUUCAAGUCGAUGGCAAGCAAAUUUUCUGAGUAGAGGCUUCUGAGCAGGUAGCUUGUGUACAUAUUAAGAUGUAAUCCUAUACACUGGCUAUAUAUCUUCAUUUAAUUCUAAGUUCAUUUGAGGUGGUAAUUAAGCUGGAUUAAGGUGUUGGGAACCAGAUACUGUGUUUUCUGAUUUUGGCUUUAUGUUAUUGAAAAGCAAGGACAUGAUGGAGAAAGUUAGAGCAGUGGCAGUUAUUAUUGCAAAGCUUUUGUUGUUGUUGAUUCUGAGGUGAUGAAGGUAUGCAGCUAAGGCAGUCAAGAUUCAAAGAUUAUGCUCUCCACAUUUGAAGGUGACAAUCAUGUACCUGAAAUGAUCAUUAUGAGAAGGUGAAGUUGUAUAGUGAUGCCAUCAGCAAGAAUUUCAUUCCUAUCACCUUCACUCAAUGGUUUGUUCAGUUUGUACAUAUAUCAAACCAAUGGGUGCCAUUUCUUUUCACUGUUGACUCUAAAACCAAACCAACGAUCCAACAUUGUGUUCAUGAGGUUUUCACAUAAUUGUGUGUGUGGUUUUUGUGAUGACAAACACUUUAAGUCUUAAAAUGUUUUUUAAUGUGUUUCAGAAGAUCCACUGGGAAAGGGAAGUACAUUUGAGGUUUAGUAACCAACCAUAUCUAAAUUAUCUUCAUUCAAUCCAAAGUUCAACAGAAGAUGUGCUCUGUUUUAGCUUCAGUCACUGUAAAUCUGCAGUCGGAGAGUGGUCCAAUCUUGGUUUUGGCUAAAAUUUUGAUAGCAAGUUCUGGAUGUACUAUUUCAUUCUGAAUGGUUGGACGAUUAAGAUAAGAUUUGGAGGGUAGAAGAACUUGGGUUUUGUGAUCAACAACUAGCUUGCAAGUAAACUUUCUGUGAAGAUUUUCCUGGGAUCUGAGGAGAUUACUACUAUGAUCUAGGAUGAGCUUUUAAAAUUGUGUUGCAAAACCAUUAAAAUGCGUAUGGGGUGGCCUCAUCAGCAUUUCAAGAUAGAAGAUUGUUCAGACCUCCUAUUCUUAAUUCUUGGAACAUUCUCUUUUUCUCCCUCACAAAGCUUAUAUUGAAGAUCUUUAUUUUUAUCUUAGGUAAGCUAAAAUGUCUUCUAGUCUUCCAGUAUUUUGAUUUGUUUGUAUAAAUCUUUCUGUGACAACAAAAGGCUAUCAUGAGUUAGUGAAGAAUUAAGAAAAAGCCAUGAAUUGAAAAGGCAAGAUAGAUUAGAUGAAAAAACCAUCAAGAUGUUUGUUCCUGUUUGUAUUUGAUUCUGAUUUUGAAAAGAUAGAUUAGAGUUCAUUUCAUAGGGAACUCAGGUCUGAGUUCACUUGUUCCUGAUAUUGGUAUUGGUAUUGGUGUUUAUAAUCUGGUUUGGUUACAAUGAAAAUUCCACUAUAGUUUUGGUAAAAGACUGGAUAUAGGUCUCAUUGCACUUAUAGAUUGAAUCAGGAUACAUGGUUAUGUCAUUCUCUUUUCUCUUCCCACUAUAUUUUGCUAAAUUAGAUAGAUUAGACAACAAGAAAA